AUGUCAUUAGAUGAUAAACAUCAACAAGAACGUGCUGUUAUCUUAGGCAGUCAUAUUGACACUUCGCCAUCCUCACCGUCAUCAGCGUCACCGACAUUGCCAUCUUCAUCAUCAUCAUCCUUAUUACAAACAACACAGCCAACUUAUUACAAUGAAAAUGAUUUAAAUUCCAACGAGUUGAAUGAAUCAUUAAAUGAUUUUGAAUUAACAUGUCAUAAUAAAUAUAUUCAUCAUGUUAAAACACCUGCUUCAUCAGCAGCAUCAGCGGCCACAACAUCCUCCACAUCAACUACAACAUCAUUAUUGCCGCCUCCACAGCCGCCGCCACCGCCAUCAAUUCAUCAUUCAUUCGACACGAAUCGAUCGAUUACAGCACCAUUGAGUGCUGGUGUACGUGGUCUUAUGCAUGGUAUUGUCGGUGGAAUGACAUCGAUUGUGACACAACCUUAUCGUGGUGCAAAAGAAGAUCAAUUUAGAGGUUUUGUUUAUGGUGUUGGUCGUGGUCUACUAGGCACUGUGACUAAACCAGUCGGUGGUGUAUUUGAUUUUGUCUCAGGUAUGAUGAGUUCCAUUAGUGAAGUUGCGCGUCCAUCAAAUUUAUCUCGUCCAAAACGUUGUAGACCACGUCGUGCUGGUUUAUCGAAAUAUUUUCUUCGACCAUUAAUUGUAUAUAAUUUAGAUGAAUCUAUAGCACAAUUACAAAUUUAUCAAUUGACUUUAUUCACUGGAACACGUCGUGCUACAUUGAAAAAUUAUUAUUCUACAUCUGCAUCCGCAUCUUCAUCAUCGUUAUCAUCAACACCAGCAUAUUUUGAAAUUGGUGAAGAAAUUCCAAUGGAGAAUUAUCAGUUAACUGAUAUCAGUUUCACAUCUUCAUUCAGUAGAAUGUUAUGCAUUUACACCUUAUUACCAUGUAGUAAUAACAAUACUACUAAUAAUAUUAAUAGUAGUAUUAGUAGUAGUGAUAAUCACAAUCAUAAUCAUUCUUCUGAAUCUUUAACAAUAUUACCUCAACAUCUACGUUAUUUACUGAAUUCACCUGAAACAAUUUUACAUAUUUUACCAAUACAAUUAAAUGGUAUAGUGAUAUUAAUCACAGAUCAAAUUAUUUGGUGUUUACGUGAUCCUACAUUACAUAAUUGGAUUACAUCAAAAAUUCCUAUUGAUAAGAAUACUCUUAAACAUAACAAUGAUAUCAAUAAAUCAAAUUCCCCCACAUCACAUCAGACUCCUGCACCAAUAUUUUUUCUAACUGAACAUACAACAUUAAUGUUUAUGUUACCUUAUCAUAGAUUAGAUCAAAUUUAUGUAAUGCUCUCUUCGGAUUCGAACAAUCUGUGUUCUACGCAUCAAUCAACUGUCAAUACAAAUACUACUAAUACUUCAACUAGCAAUCCAGUUUAUGUUGUAUUCUCAGCCGAUUGUGGUACUAGUCGACAACAAUUACGUUGUGAUUAUUUAUUGUGGGGCAUAGAUUUAACAGCACAUGUUAGAAAUGCACAAUUUCGUUAUGCUCAAGCAAAUAUGCGUGUGAAUCGAUUGAAUGAAUUCACUUCAUCCACUUCACCGUCGACAUCAUCAUCACCAUCAACUGUUUGCUGUUUGUUGAAUAAUGGAAACCAUCAGCAACAGCAACAACAGUCAACGACUACUACUACUACUACCAGUAGUAAUGUGCGGUAUCAUGUACCACAUUUUCAAAAUCAUCCAAUUGCAUUAGCUUAUAGUCCAAUUUAUCAUAGAAAAUUAUAAUUAAACGAUUGUUCACAAAAUUGGAAAUGAAUAGUUUUUAAAACAUAACACAACACAACAUUUUAGUGCCUUGCUUGCUUCGUUUUUCUUAUCACACCCAUCACAGUUGAGCAGAUCGUUGACUGAUAUAUACUUUUCUCUCGAAGACUAACUGUUUUUUCUAACUUUGUCAAUAUGUUUUUUCCAUGUGUAAAACUUGAUAGAGAUUGAAUUGCCC